AUGCAGCAAGUUGACAGGAAGGAGGAGUUACGCCUUGCAGGCUUGAAGAAGGCUGUGACCCUUGAAGAGGAAUUUCUCUCAGUAGCAGGGCUGUCAGAAGAGGGCCCCUCAGCCCUAGAAGAUGUGGUGGAGCGGCUGCAGGCUCAGCUGGAUGCAGCGCUGGCAGCCAGGGAGCAGGAAGAGCAGGAGCUGGCAGUGUCCCAGCGCCAGACUGAGAGUGCAGUGGGUCAAUUGCGAGAGGCUCACCUCCGCAUGGAUGAGAUGGAGGAGGCAAAUGAAAAGCUGGUGACUGAGCUGGCUGAGACAAAAGCAAAGGGUAGCGGCGACGCAGAAGCGCUGGGCCGGGCCAAGCAGCAGCUUGCGGAGCUGUCCGAGGACCUGGAAGCAGCCAAUAGGGAGCUAGAGGAUGUGGGCGACUUCCGCCGGGAGAUUGCGCAGAUGCGGCAGCGCGAGAUCACGCGCGAGGAGGAGCUGGUGGACGCGCAGGAACGCCUGAAACAUAUGCAGGCCGAGCUCACCGCCGUCAAGGCCGCUGCGCGCACUAACGUGGCCGAACUCGAGCGCCUGCGCGCCGUAAUGCUGCCAAUGCCAGCGGACGGCGAAGGCGAGCCGUCAGUGGUUUCUCUAAAGGAGGAGCUGACGGCUGCGCGCGAGCGCAUUGCUGAGCUGGAGGCUGUGCUGCAGAGCAGCUCCCCAGGCGAUCCCUCCGACAAGGAGGCCAGGAAGGCUGAGAGGGCGGCAAAGCGGUGGCAGCUGCGGCUGAAGGAGGCGGAGGAGCGCGUGGCCGACCUGAAUGCUCGCGCUGGGCUGGCCAAGCAGCGCAUCACCAUCCUGGAGCAGGAACUCGAGGCCGCGCAGGGCACCGCCAAAGACCUGCAGGCGCAACUCGCCGCCCAGAAGUCUGCUGCUGCAGCUCAGCAUGCCGAGCUCCAGCGGAAGCUCAAGAAGACGUCCGAGUCGCUGGCGAGGUCUCAGCAGCAGGCCAAGCAGGCGGAUGGGGAAGCCGAGCAGAUGGAGAAAGCCUUCCGCGUGCUCCAGCAUGAGAUGGCGGAGAUGGGCCGCAAGAUGGCAGUGGAUGCGAGCGCGGAGGGCAAGGGAUCACGCGCAUCGGCCGAGGCGCAGGCGUCGGCCGCGGCCGAGCGUGCCCGUCUGGAGCACCAGGUCGGGCAGCUCAGGAGCGAGCUGGCAUCCGCGCACAGCGCCGCGGCCGCCGACUGCAGCUCCCUCGAGCAGCGCCUUGCUGAGAUGGACGGCCGGCUGCACAGCAUGCGCGGCGCGGCCGCCGAUGCGGACGCACGAUUUGAGCGGAAGAUCGAGGAGGUGAGGCAGCUGGAGGCAACGCUGGCGGAGACGCGCGCCAUGGCGGACGGUCGCCUGUCGAAGAUCCGCGCGGAGCUGUCAGCGGUGCGUUCGGAGGCGGCCGCACGGGCGCGCGACCUGGAGGGCCAGCUGGCGGAGGCCCGCGUCUCCAGGAGCCACUCGCCGCGCCUGGAAUCUCUGGCUAAGGCUGAUGCUGCGGAGAGGCGCACCCUGGAGCUGGAAGCGCAGCUGGAUGCGGCGCGCGAGGGCAACUGGAAGGCGCAGGCGAGAGCAGCAGAGCUGGAGUCAGAGCUGAUAGGUGCCCAGAAGCGCCUGCAGGAGCUUGAGGCCACGCAGGCGUCGCAUGCUGACCUGUCAGCGCAGCUCGCUGCCUCAGAAGACGCUUGCCACGCUUCCGAAAGCCAGCUCAGCGCUGCAUUGGAAGCAGCGCAAGGGAAGGAUCAACAGCUUCAGGACGCCAAUGAAGCUGUCGCUGCGGCAGAGCAGGCGAGAGCAACUUUUGCAGAUGAGUUAGCAGCUGCAAAAGAGGAAAAUGAAGCGGCGAAUGCGGAGGUUGCCAAGGCCAGAGCUUCAGCGGAUGAGCACGCCUGCAAGGUCGCUGAGCUGGCGGCUGAGCUGGCGGCGGCUCGGCAGGCCAUGGAGGAGAUGGAGGCGGCCGCGGCCGCGGCGCAGCACCGCUCGGAUCAGAACAUCGCUGACCUGGCUGCUGAGGUGGCCGCCGGCCGCGCACAUGCGCAAGUACAGCUGGACGGCAUGACCGCUGAGCUGGCAGCCCUGCAGGCCGCCACAGAUGACUCCCUGGCGCAGGUGCGCACCGAGACGGCUGAGGUGGCAGAGCUAGCCCGCUCUGCCACAGCCGCUCUGGCCGCAGCGCAGACCCGUGUGAGCCAGCUGGAGUCAGAAGCCGGCGUGUCUGCUGCGAAGCUUGCCGACGCAGAGGCCGCCAGCCAAGAGGCGUCUGCACAUCUUGCAGAGGCCAACACCCGGGCGGACGCUCUCGAGGCCUCUCGGCAGGAGGUGGCGGGAGAGCUGGCAGAGGCAAAGUCCAGGGUGACAGCGCUCGAACAGGAGCAUGGGGAGGGCAGCGCCAAGCUGGCUGAGGCGCUGGAGAGGGAGGCCGGGCUGCAGGCGCAGCUGGCCAAGGCGAGGGAUGAAGCCUGGGAGAGCUGCAACAAGGCUGCUGAGCUGGCCGAUGAGCUCGCAGCAGCGCGCAAGGCUCAGGAAGAGCUGCAGACUCAGCUCGAGGGAGCCGCUGCAGGCAGCAAGGAGCGGCUUGUGCAGCUGGAGACAGAGGCUGCUGAUGCACGUGAGCAGCUGGAGCAACUCAGUGCUGCUGUGCAGCAGAAGGAGAGUGAGCGCCUGCAAGUCGCAGAGGAGGCUGCAGCAGCAAAGAGGACGCUGUCAGACAUGGAGUCGCAGGCCAGCAUUACGCAGGGCACAUCUCAAACGCUGCAGACCGAGCUGCAGAAGCUGGUGCUGCAGCUGGCCGCAGAGCAGGCCGAUCACAGGAAGGCCACAGCACGCGCACAGGAGCUGCAGGGCUCGCUCUCGGCAGCCGAGUCAGCCGCAGCCGCCGUCCAUCAUGACCUGGUGACCGCGGUGGCGGCAAGGGACUCCCUGCAAGCCUCCCUGUCUGACAACAGCGCCAGCGUGGACGCCGCCGAGGCUGACCUGGCCGCCACCAGGAAUAAGCUGGCGUCCGCACACGCGGCUCUGGCUGCUAAGGAGAGUGAAAUCGACGCGGUGUUGCAGCAGAGGGCGGUCGACACGCAGGCGGCACAGCAGAGUAUGGUAGACAAAGAAGCCGCACUUGCCGCCACAAGGGACGAGCUUGUGGCGGCACAAGCGUCACUGGUUGCAAAGGAGAGUGAACUUGAGGCGGCUCUGCAACAGAGGACGGUCGAGGCGCAGGCUGCACAGCAGAGCAUGGCGGACAAAGAAGCCGCGCUCGCAGCGGCGCAGGCCAAAGUGCAGGCUGGAGAGGAGAGCACAACGGACAAGGACGCUGCGCUAGCUUCGGCGGAGGCCAGGAUGCAGGCUCUGCAGGAGCAGCUCGACACGGCCGCGGCGGAGGCUGCGGAUGCGCAACAACAAACUGCACAGGUGCAGCGUCUGCUGGAGGACGCUCAAGCCACCCAAUUGCAAGCCGCCGGCAACUUGGUAACAAUGCAAGCGCGCCUGGACAGCACUGUCGAGGAAAGCAGUGCAGCCCAGGCGCAGAUCAAGGCGCUUGAGGAGAGGCUGCGGGGUGAGUCAGAUAUUGCUGGGAGGGUGGCCCAACUUGCGGAUGAGGUGGCGGAGGGGACCCGGCGAGCCACUGAGCUGGAGGCUGAGCUGGCGCACGCCCGGGAAGCCACCGCGCAGCUGCAGGAGACCCUGGCCAGCACCACCGGCGAGCUGGCUGCGAAACUGGCCGCACUGCAGGCGGAGGAGGCACAGGCGCAGGCACGCAGGAUGGGUGCGGAGUUGGAGGAGGCCAGACGGCUGCUUGGAGAGAAGGAGGCAGAGUCAGAGACGCUGAGAGAAAUGGUGGCCGGCUGGGAGGAGGCCUUUGCGCAGGCCCAAAAGGAGAUCGAGCAGCUCAAGGCCACCGCCGCCGCUGCCGCCCCGCGGGAGGUGGAGGCAGGGGAUGCUGCGAGGGAGGAGAGCUUGGAGGGCCUGCGUUCAAAGCUGCGCGGCGCCGUCAAGAAGGGCAAGGCCAUUGACAAAGCGCGCGCUGAGCUGGAGGAGACUGUCGCCACACUGCGUUCUGACCUGGAGGCAUCUGCAGCUGCCACAGCAUCUGCUGAGACUCGAGCAAAUGCCCUGGAGGGUGACCUGGCCGCAAGAGAUGAGGCACUGUCCAAGGUUUGGGCUGAUUUUGCCGCGCUGGAGGUCAGCUUCCAAGGGGCUCAAGAGACAACAGGACGGCUGGAAAAGGACUUGGCUGCUGCGACGGUGGAGCUGCAAAGGGUGCAGAGCGAGGCGGAGUCCCAUAAGGUGUUAGCCAAAACGGCUCUCCAGGCGAAGGAGGCGGAUCUCGCGGAGACGAGUGGCCAGCUUGCAGAGACCCUAAAUAAGGUGGAGAGUCUGCAGGAGGUCAUCAGCGGGGCGAGGGCUGCGGAGGAGCAGGGCCGUGCCACGCUGGCUGCUGAGCUGGCAGAAGCGCGGCGCCAGCUGGACGAUGUGACUCGCCAGCUCACCGACGCGCGGCAGCGGCAGACGUGCGCGGCCGCCAAGGCCGAGGAGCAGGCAGACCGCGCAGACAAGUGGGAGAGCCAGUGCAUUGGUGCUACGGUGCGGGCGGAGAGCGCAGAAGCCAAGCUGGACAGGCUCCGUGCUGAGCUGGCGGACGCGCAGGCGGCUGCCGGGCAGCUGAGCGGCGCCCUCGCGCAGCUGGAGGAGGCCAGGCGGCAGCUGCACACGCAGGAGGAAGCUGCCACGGCCCUGGAAUAUGUGCUGGCGCAAAAGGACGAGCGGCUGUCUCAGCAGGGCGACGCAGCCGACAGGCUGACAGAGGCUCUUGCGCAGAUAGAUGAAAUGCAAGCUGAGGCGCAAACCGUAGAGCUGGAUGCGAAGGCCAGCGCCCUCUCGCAGCUUGAGGGCCGGCUCGCCGACGCAGCAGCAGCCAGGAAAACUGCAGACGAGCUGCGGCAGAAGAACAUGCAGCUGGCCCUGCAGCUGGAGCGCACCUCGCAGCAGCUGGCCGCCUCAGAAGAGUCCAGGAUUGAGUCCGAUGCGCUGUACGAGGAGGCAAUGGCGCAGCUGCAGCAGCAGGAGGACCGAGCCGAGGACGCUGAGCAGAAUCUUGCGCGCCUCCACCAGCUGCAGGGCAAACGGCCUGGACAGAGUGGGGAGUCGCCGCCGCAAACCACGCAGCCCAGCUCGAAUCCAGCGCAGGACAAUGCCGUUCCCUCCGACAGUGAAUCUGAGCAGCAGAAUGAGCAGCGGAGCAAUGGGGAGCUAGCGGCGAUGGUGGCGACAGACGCCGGAACGGCGCUUGCCAUGCUGGCGCGAGCAGAGGCCCGGGCCGGGGACGUGGCGCAGCGCAUCGGCCGCUCUCACAGCCUGGAGGUGGUUGCGUGUGCAGCCAAGCUGGAUGCCCAAGUGGGGGUCCUUGCACUGGCGCUGGAGGAGCAGCAGGCAGACUUGGAGCACAAGGCACAGCAGCUGGCCUGCGCGGCGGAAGAGCAGGUACAGGUGUUAGAGCAGGAGAGGUCGCAGCUGAGCGGCGCGCUGGAGGCUGCCACUGCAGACAGGGAUGACCUGCAGCAGCGCUUGAGCCUCAUGCAAGCCGCCACCCCCAGCCGCAGCAGCUACCGAGCGUCCGCAGACGACUCGCCGGAGCAACCCAUGACCCAGCUGCUGCAGCGCUCGCACGCCAGCUCAGCCGCCUCCGCACUGCCACCAAAUCCCGCUCAUUCGCGCAAGGCUGCCGGCGCUCGGCGGCCGGAUGACUACGACCCGGAGGCUGCCUUGCUGGAAGAUGACGAGGACGGAGGCCCCAGCACUUCCGGGGGCGCGUACACGCCGCACCCGAGCCGGCUGGCGUCGGAAUUCCGGCCCCUCACGAGCGUGGCUCUGCUGCAACGCGCGCCCGCGCAGGCCGCCACGGCAGCGCAGCAGUUUGACCGCGUGACCUCCUCCAGCCUGCGCUGGCUGCAGGGCCAGCCAUAUGGGCGCGUGGGUCUGCUGCUCUACUUCUUCGCUGUGCAUAUCCUCCUCAUCUUCUGCCAGUUUUCCACACAUGCGGCCGGCAUGCCAUAA